AUGAGACAAAGUGUGACAAAUGUCAACUGCAAGAUUGCUCAGCCCUUCUGGACUUCUCCAUCUGUGAACAGCUCAGGGUGGCAGGAGGCCCAGAGACAGCUGACAGAGGUGCUGGGAGGGGCCCAGGAACGACCCCCAGAAGGCGGAAUGCCACUGCUCACAGUCAUAGUUGCUGCCUUUGUCCUCGUGGCCAUUUGUAUUGUGGUGGCAGUCCACUUUGGGCCGAGACUACACCAGGGCCAUGCCACUCUGCCCACAGAACCCUCAGCUUCAAAGCCAGAGGAUGGCAUCUGUCUCAUCCACUGGAAAGUGCUGGGCACCUGGGACAGUCACCCAGAGGCCCAGCAGAGGCCACCUGUCCUUGGCUCUUGUUCUGUGCCAGAUGGCCCUAGACUUGGCCUUGAUGAAGUCACAUAUCUGUAG